AUGGGCCUGGGCGACAGUCCCUUGGCCCCGGGACCCUCUUCCAAGCUCCUGCAGCCGGACGUGUCACACCAUUACGAAUCGUGGUUCCGGCCGACACGCCCAGGCACCGAGGAGGGCUCGUGGUGGGACCUUCAUCCGGGUACCAGCUGGAUGGACCUCCCCCACACUCAGGGCGCGCUGACCUCACCUGGCCACCCCGGGGCGCUUCAGGCUGGCUUGGGGGGCUACGUCGGAGACCACCAGCUUUGUGCCCAGCCGCCCCACCCACACCCGCACCCGCACCACCUCCUCCCAGCCGCCGGAGGGCAGCACCUCCUCGGGCCUCCCGACGGGGCGAAGGCCUUGGAAGCAGCCGCCCCGGAAUCCCAGGGGCUGGAUACCAGUCUGGAUGGGGCGGCCCGGCCCAAAGGCUCCCGGCGGUCAGCGCCCCGCAGCUCAGGCCAGACCGUGUGCCGCUGCCCCAACUGCCUGGAGGCGGAGCGACUGGGGGCUCCGUGCGGGCCCGAUGGGGGCAAGAAGAAGCAUUUGCACAAUUGCCACAUCCCGGGCUGUGGGAAAGCCUACGCCAAGACAUCGCACCUGAAGGCACACUUGCGCUGGCACAGCGGCGACCGCCCCUUCGUGUGCAACUGGCUCUUCUGCGGCAAGCGCUUCACGCGCUCCGACGAGCUGCAGCGCCGCCUCCAGACCCACACCGGCACCAAGAAGUUCCCCUGCGCAGUCUGCAGCCGAGUCUUCAUGCGCAGCGACCACCUGGCCAAACACAUGAAAACCCACGAGGGCGCCAAAGAGGAGGCUGCCGGGGCGGCGGCGGGAGAGGGCAAGGCCGGCGGAGCGGAGCCCCCCGGGGGCAAAGGCAAGCGCGAGGCCGAGGGCAGCGCGGCUCCCUGCAGCUGA